AUGCGCAUGCUCACCGGCGACUCCACCGCCGUCGAUACCUUCCGUUUCGUUCCACAGUCACUCGUCUCCUUUGGCUCCACCGUCAUCGUCGAAGGCUGCGAUACUUCACGCGCUAUCUCCUGGGUUCACGCGCUGACUGUAGCGGAUGGGAUAAUCACCCAGGUUAGGGAGUAUUUCAACACUUCCCUCACCGUCACUCGCUUCGCCGAGAAAGACUCCGAGGAGAUUCUCCCGGCGACGUUCGAUUCCGGUCGCUUCCCUUGCGUCUGGGAGAGUAGCGUUUCUGAUCGGGUCGGUAAAUCCGUACCCGGUUUGGUGCUCGCAAUAUAA